CUUUGCUGCAUUUACAAGUACGCCGCGUGGCAUCUAAAAAUACAUACUUGAUUGUAAUAUGUACUCAUCUGACUCAUAAUCUGUCUGGAUUUGUCAGUUUUACGCUGGAAAGUUCUGUAGAACCUUCACGAGAUUUUGCGAGAGUUGAGUUGGAGAGAAGGCCAUCAUGGCGUCCUCUGUCCUGUGGAGGACGUUAGGUCGGACCAAACUUCUGCCUUCUCACUCCUUAGGACGCCCGGCAGGCCACACAGAAUGGUACAGGAACUUCUGGGGGACGUCCAGAGUAUUUGGUGUGGCUCCCAUAAAGCUGCACAUGCCGGCCCUGUCUCCCACCAUGGAGGAUGGUACCAUCAUCUCAUGGCUGAAACAAGAAGGAGACCCAGUGGCAGCUGGUGAUGCGCUCUGUGAGAUUGAGACAGACAAGGCAACUCUCACAAUGGAUGCUGAUGAUGAUGGAGUUAUGGCCAAAAUAUUGGUACCAGGGAACACAAAGAAUGUUCGCAUCAAUGCAUUGAUAGCCCUGAUGGUGCCUGAAGGUGAAGACUACACUCAGGUGGACAUCCCUACUGAGACAGGCACUCCCUCUGCUGCAGCGGACACCCCCGCUAAAGCCCCUGUACCUGCGGCCACAGAGGCAGCCUCAUCAUCAGAGUUCACAUCCAUGAGACAUGUGGCAGGGGGCAAAGGACAUGUUGACCUGUCCCCUGCAGUGAGGUAUUUGGUAGAUUCCAACAGUCUGGACCCUGCAGCUAUUGUACCUAGUGGGCCACAUGGGAGACUACUGAAAGGGGAUGUGCUGAAGUUCCUUGCUGGUGACCCUAAUGCCAAGAGACAAGAUUCAGUUCCUGCUGCCACGCCUUCUCCCCCCACCCCUGUGGCUGCUCCUCCCCCACCCCCUCCCCCAGUCACACACCCUGUAGUACCCCCUGCUGCAGCUGAGGAGGAUGAGUUUGUUGACAUCCCACACACAAGUAUGAGGAGGACAAUAGCAAAAAGACUCACACAAUCAAAGACUACAGUACCACAUGCCUACAGCAGUAUAGACUGUGAGAUGGACUCAGUACUGAGACUUAGGAAAAAGCUACAAGGUUCUGGUGUAAAGGUUUCUGUCAAUGAUUUCAUUAUCAAGGCUGUUGGGCAGGCACUGAAGUCAGUACCUGAGGUGAAUGCUCAGUGGACGGGGGAGGCGGUGCAGCUGCUCUCUAAUGUGGACAUAUCAGUUGCCGUGGCAACAGACAAAGGCUUGAUUACUCCCAUAGUUACAGACGUACCAUCCAGGGGACUACAGAACAUCUCUGAAACUGUCAAGGAGCUGGCAGGGAGAGCGCGGAUAGGCAAACUCAUGCCUGAGGAGUAUCAGGGAGGCACAUUCAGUGUUUCCAACCUGGGGAUGUUUGGCAUAAGUCAGUUCAGCGCUAUCAUCAACCCGCCACAGGCCUGUAUCAUGGCAAUUGGCGGCUCACGUGUCCUGGUGGAACCCGCGGAGGACGGACACACCACAAAAACUGUCAUGACUGUCACACUCUGUUCUGACUCCAGAGUAGUUGAUGACGCUCUGGCCUCCACAUUUCUGGAGGACUUUAAAGAAAACUUGGAGAAUCCUUACAAAGCAGCAUUGUUAUGAUCAUAUUUCUUAUCAGAUUUUAAUGUUAUGAUCAAAUUUUCAUGAUACUAGGUCUGUGCAAUCAAGGUUAUUACAGCAAGUGUUGUAGAAAACCCCUUUUUGCUUUUGAAGAAUGUUUUGCAAGAAGGUAAUGUUGGCAUGUAUGAAAGAUUCUUUAGUUUCUGUCCUAUUUAAGUUCAAAACUGGUCAUUGUAAGAAAUGUUUGUGCAGAUGUACUUGUCUAUAAAAUGGAAAGGUAUUAAAGUUUAUGAAAUAUUAUAAUUGUCCCAAAUGAGCCUUUUGAUUGUUGGAAAUAAAACCACAUGCAGGAAAGUUGUGAUUUUUUUCUA